AUGCCUCAUAGCACAAUCUCUCCUACAGCUUACAACACCUGCAAAAAUAUUCUCAACCUCGUUCCAACACUUCCUCCUACAGACGACACCACAUUUUCAGUGGAAGGAGUUUAUGUUUCAGUUGCGCAUUACGAAUAUGACUCCAAGCGCUUGGACGAUUCCACCCCUCUCAUCCCAGACAAGCAAACCAUCCGAGUGAACUAUGAUUAUCCUCUUUCAACACCAGCUAUCAAGGAAUUCAAAUGUCCAGAGCAAGGUUUCACUCAAAAACAGCUGGUUGCAUUGAUUUGUGAAGGUUACAAAGAAAUUUAUGAUGAAGAAGAAAAGUCCACUUCGGUGCAACCUCAACCCAUGAAUGUAGCUCAUCCAGGAUGUCAUCUGGUGAACAGAUGCAGAACAACUGGAGUGUACGGAAUUUGGGGACAUUGCAUUGGAGAUUUGAUGUUGACUUAUGAUGCAUCCAACGAUCUGUUUACCAUCCGUGUGGAUUCUUAA